UACAGAUGCAAAUGAUCGGAGGGGUGUCCAGAGUUCCACUCUAGUUGUUUCCCAGUCUGCUUUAGAUGUUCAAGAGAGAGAUGACUUUGCGUCUCAGCUGAUUCGCGCAUGCAGUUUCCUCAGGAAUCAAGAGUUUGUUAAUUAUCUAAUGAACAUACUUCAGCAGCUAGUGCAUGUUUUUAAGUCCCGUGCGGCCAAUGUUGAAGCACGUGGAUCAAGCUCUGGUUCAGGUUGUGGAGCCAUGCUCACAGUCAGAAGAGAUUUACCUGCGGGUAACUAUUCCCCCUUCUUUUCGGAUUCAUAUGCAAAAGCCCAUAGAGCAGAUAUAUUUGUGGACUAUCACAGGCUGCUACUUGAGAAUGUGUUUCGCUUAGUUUAUACCUUGGUUAGACCUGAAAAACAAGAGAAAAUGGGAGAGAAGGAAAAGGUUUACAGGAACACUUCUUCUAAAGAUUUGAAGUUGGACGGUUUCCAGGAUGUUUUGUGCAGCUAUAUUAAUAACCCUCAUACAGCUUUUGUUAGGAGAUAUGCUAGAAGGCUGUUCUUGCAUCUUUGCGGAAGCAAAACUCAAUACUACAGUGUCCGAGAUUCUUGGCAGUUUUCCAAUGAAGUGAAAAGCCUAUACAAGCAUGUUGAAAAGUCUGGUGGUUUUGAAAACAAUGUUUCAUAUGAAAGGAGUGUAAAGAUUGUGAAGUCGCUUUCUACAAUUGCUGAAGUUGCUUUGGCGCGGCCUCGGAACUGGCAGAAGUACUGUCUCAGGCAUGGAGAUUUUCUGUCCUUCUUACUGACUGGCGUAUUCCAUUUUGCAGAAGAGUCUGUUAUUCAGACACUUAAACUCCUCAAUUUGGCCUUUUAUCAAGGAAAAGAUGUGAGCAGCUCAGUGCAGAAAGCUGAAGCAACUGAUGUAGUGACAGGCUCAAACCGUUCAGGAUCUCAGUCCGUGGAUUCAAAGAAGAAGAAAAAAGGUGAAGAUGGGCAUGAUUCUGGAUUGGACAAAUCAUAUGUGGAUAUGGAAGGGGUGGUAGAUAUCUUCAGUGCCAAGGGCGGAGAUCUCUUGAGACAGUUUAUUGAUUUCUUUUUGCUGGAAUGGAAUUCGAGCUCUGUUCGCACUGAAGCAAAGUCCGUUAUUUAUGGCUUGUGGCAUCAUGGAAGACACUCGUUCAAAGAAAGUCUGUUAGCAGCACUUUUGCAGAAGGUUAGAUACUUGCCAGCAUAUGGUCAGAAUAUUGUUGAGUACACAGAGCUUGUCUCCUUGUUGCUCGGCAAGGCUCCAGAAAACAACUCAAAGCAAGCAAUUAACGAGCUUGUGGAUCGUUGCCUGAACCCUGAUGUGAUAAGGUGCUUUUUUGAGACGCUGCAUUCUCAAAACGAACUCAUUGCCAAUCAUCCAAACUCCCGUAUAUACAGCACUCUGGGUAAUCUUGUGGAAUUUGAUGGUUAUUAUCUUGAGAGCGAACCUUGUGUUGCCUGCAGUUCUCCUGAUGUGCCAUAUAGCAAAAUGAAGCUUGAAAGUUUGAAAUCCGAGACAAAGUUUACCGAUAACCGCAUCAUUGUGAAAUGUACUGGUAGUUAUACGAUACAGUCUGUGACCAUGAAUGUUCAUGAUGCACGAAAGUCAAAGUCGGUGAAGGUCCUAAACUUGUAUUACAACAAUCGCCCUGUCUCGGAUUUAUCAGAGCUUAAAAACAACUGGUCACUGUGGAAGCGCGCCAAAAGUUGCCAUCUGUCUUUUAACCAAACUGAACUGAAGGUGGAAUUUCCUAUUCCUAUUACUGCAUGUAACUUCAUGAUCGAGUUGGAUUCCUUCUAUGAGAAUCUUCAGGCGUUAUCUCUUGAACCAUUACAGUGCCCUCGAUGCAGUCGACCUGUUACUGAUAAACAUGGUAUUUGCAGCAACUGCCAUGAGAAUGCUUAUCAGUGCAGGCAAUGCCGUAACAUAAACUAUGAAAAUUUGGAUUCUUUCCUCUGCAACGAGUGUGGCUAUAGCAAGUAUGGGAGGUUUGAGUUUAACUUCAUGGCAAAACCAAGCUUCAUAUUUGAUAAUAUGGAAAAUGACGAAGAUAUGAAGAGGGGAUUGGCUGCAAUAGAGUCCGAGUCGGAAAAUGCUCACAGGAGAUAUCAGCAACUCUUGGGCUUCAAGAAGCCGCUUCUGAAGAUAGUAUCAAGCAUUGGUGAAACUGAAAUGGAUUCGCAGCACAAGGACACUGUCCAACAAAUGAUGGCAUCUUUACCUGGUCCCUCAUGCAAGAUAAACCGCAAAAUCGCGCUUUUGGGUGUAUUGUAUGGUGAGAAGUGCAAAGCUGCUUUUGAUUCUGUCAGCAAAAGUGUACAAACACUGCAGGGGCUACGCAGAGUUUUGAUGAGCUAUCUCCAUCAGAAAAACUCAAAUUUUUCUUCAGGUGCCUCAAGAUGUGUGGUCUCAAAGACCCCAAAUAAUUGUUAUGGUUGUGCCUCUACUUUUGUCACUCAAUGUCUUGAGAUUCUUCAAGUUCUGUCGAAGCAUCCAAGAUCUAGGAAACAACUUGUUGCAGCUGGUAUUUUGUCUGAGUUGUUUGAAAACAAUAUUCACCAGGGUCCGAAAACAGCUCGUGCUCAAGCUAGAGCAGCUCUUUCUACUUUCUCGGAGGGUGAUCUGAAUGCAGUGAAUGAGUUAAACAAUCUGGUACAGAAGAAAAUAAUGUACUGCCUUGAACACCAUCGUUCCAUGGACAUUGCGCUCGCCACUCGUGAGGAGAUGUUGUUGCUUUCAGAAGUAUGCUCUCUCACGGAUGAAUUUUGGGAGUCAAGACUGCGCCUUGUUUUUCAGCUACUAUUUUCUUCCAUUAAAUUGGGUGCUAAACAUCCUGCGAUAUCAGAGCACAUAAUUCUUCCCUGCCUUAAGAUUAUUUCUGUGGCAUGUACACCUCCAAAACCAGAUACAGCAGAGAAAGAGCUAACGAUGGGAAAAUCUGCUCCUGCAGUGCAAGGAAAGGAUGAGAAUGCUGCUGGCAUCAUAAAGUAUUCGUCAGAAAGUGAAGAACAUAGCUCGGAUGUGUCUCAGAAGACACGAGAUAUUCAGCUUGUGAGUUAUUUGGAAUGGGAGAAAGGGGCGUCAUAUAUCGACUUUGUGAGGAGGCAAUACAAAGCCUCUCAGUCAAUUAGAAGUGCUAACCAAAAGUCUAGAACCCACAGAUCAGAUUUCCUGGCACUUAAAUAUACACUUAGGUGGAAGCGACGCUCUAGCAGGACAUCUAAAGGUGGUUUGCAGUCAUUUGAGCUCGGAUCUUGGGUCACAGAGCUUAUUCUUAGUGCAUGUUCUCAAUCUAUCAGGUCCGAGAUGUGCACACUGAUUAGUUUACUCUCUGCCCAAAGCUCACCUAGGCGCUACAGGCUGAUCAAUUUGCUGAUAGGCUUGCUUCCCGCUACGCUUGCAGCGGGUGAAAGCAGCGCAGAAUACUUUGAACUGCUUUUCAAAAUGAUAGAGACACAAGAUGCACUUUUAUUCUUAACUGUUCGGGGCUGUCUGACAACAAUCUGCAAAUUGAUCUCCCAAGAGGUGGGAAACAUUGAAUCUCUAGAAAGGAGUCUUCAGAUAGACAUUUCACAGGGAUUUACCCUCCACAAGCUCUUAGAACUCCUUGGAAAGUUCUUAGAGGUUCCAAAUAUUCGUUCCAGAUUCAUGAGAGACAAUUUGCUGUCUCAUGUUCUGGAGGCCCUCAUUGUAAUCCGUGGCUUAAUAGUGCAAAAGACGAAGCUUAUAAAUGAUUGCAACAGACUCCUAAAAGAUCUUCUUGACGGACUUCUGCUUGAAAGCAUUGAAAACAAAAGACAAUUCAUCCGUGCCUGUGUUUCUGGACUGCAAACCCAUGCAGAAGAGAAAAAAGGACGUACCUGUUUGUUUAUUCUUGAGCAGCUUUGUAAUUUGAUCUGCCCGUCAAAACCCGAGGCUGUAUAUAUGCUGAUCUUGAACAAAUCACACACGCAAGAGGAGUUUAUUCGGGGAUCAAUGACGAAAAAUCCAUAUUCGAGUGCUGAGAUUGGCCCACUGAUGCGGGAUGUUAAAAACAAGAUCUGUCAGCAGUUGGACCUCUUAGGUCUACUGGAAGAUGACUAUGGCAUGGAGUUGCUUGUAGCAGGAAACAUCAUUUCACUAGACCUGAGCAUAGCUCAAGUUUAUGAGCUGGUUUGGAAGAAAUCAAAUCAGUCUACUACUUCACUGACCAACUCCGCACUUUUAGCUUCAAAUUCAGCUCCUAGCAGGGAUUUCCCUCCGAUGACGGUGACAUACAGACUUCAGGGGCUAGAUGGUGAAGCUACGGAGCCUAUGAUCAAGGAAUUGGAAGAAGAUAGAGAAGAAUCACAAGAUCCAGAGAUUGAGUUUGCAAUAGCAGGUGCAGUUCGGGAAUAUGGUGGUCUGGAAAUUUUACUUGAUAUGAUCAAGAGUUUACGAGAUGACUUCAAAUCUAACCAAGAAGAGAUGGUUGCAGUUCUUGAUCUCUUAAACCAUUGCUGCAAGAUUAGAGAGAACAGGCGAGCUCUACUCAGGCUAGGGGCUUUAAGCGUACUUCUUGAAACAGCUAGAAGGGCAUUUUCUGUAGAUGCUAUGGAGCCAGCUGAAGGUAUUCUUUUAAUUGUUGAGAGUUUGACACUUGAAGCAAAUGAAAGUGACAGCAUCAGCGCCACGGAAAGUGCUUUGACUGUCAGUAACGAGGAAACUGGAACUUGGGAACAGGCCAAGAAGAUAGUGCUUAUGUUCUUAGAAAGGCUAAGCCAUCCUUCAGGGCUUAAGAAAUCGAACAAACAACAAAGGAACACGGAGAUGGUUGCUAGAAUCUUGCCUUACUUAACAUAUGGCGAGCCUGCAGCUAUGGAAGCACUCAUAGAGCAUUUUAGCCCUUACCUGCAAAACUGGUCCGAAUUUGAUCAGCUUCAGCAACGUCAUGAGGAGAACCCCAAGGACGAGAGCAUUGCUCAGCAAGCUGCGAAGCAGAGGUUUACUGUGGAGAAUUUUGUAAGAGUGUCAGAAUCUCUCAAGACAAGUUCAUGUGGAGAGAGGUUAAAAGACAUAGUUUUGGAGAAUGGUAUCAUAGCUGUUGCUGUCAAACACAUCAAGGAAAUUUUCGCUGUCACAGGACAGGCUGGGUUCAAAUCUAGCAAGGAAUGGCUUUCGGCUCUUAAACUUCCCUCAGUACCUCUUAUUUUGUCAAUGCUAAGAGGAUUAUCGAUGGGGCAUUUGCCUACACAAACAUGCAUAGACCAGGGAGGUAUUCUAAUUUUACUUCAUGCCUUAGAAGGAGUCUCUGGAGAAAACGAGAUUGGUGCAAGGGCUGAAAAUUUGCUAGACACACUCGCUGAUAAAGAAGGAAACGGAUUUCUAGAAGUGAAAGUCCGUGCAUUGCGAGAUGCCACCAAAGAUGAAAUGAGACGCCGUGCACUAAGAAAGAGAGAGGAGCUCCUACAGGGACUUGGAAUGCGUCAAGAGCUAUCUUCUGAUGGUGGUGAAAGGAUUGUGGUUUCUCAACCAAUUCUUGAAGGUUUUGAUGAUGUAGAGGAAGAAGAGGAUGGAUUAGCUUGCAUGGUGUGCAGAGAAGGCUACAAGCUCAGACCUACUGAUUUAUUAGGAGUCUACUCUUACGGCAAACGGGUGAAUCUCGGUGUUGGCAAUUCUGGAAGUGCACGUGGUGAAUGCGUAUACACUACCGUGAGCUACUUCAAUAUCAUUCAUUUCCAAUGCCAUCAAGAGGCGAAAAGAGCAGAUGCUGCUCUUAAAACCCCGAAGAAAGAAUGGGAAGGAGCUAUGUUACGUAACAAUGAAUCUCUUUGCAACUCUCUCUUCCCUGUCAAGGGUCCCUCAGUUCCCUUAGCUCAGUAUCUUCGUUAUGUUGACCAGUACUGGGAUAAUCUCAGUGCUCUUGGUAGAGCCGACGGGAGCAGACUCCGUCUACUGACAUACGACAUUGUCCUGAUGCUGGCUCGGUUUGCAACAGGAGCUUCGUUUAGCGCGGAUUGCCGAGGUGGAGGAAGAGAUAGCAAUUCCCGUUUCUUGCCUUUCAUGUUCCAAAUGGCCCGUCAUCUUCUCGACCAAGGAGGCCCCAUGCAACGCACCAACAUGGCUAAAUCGGUCUCAUCCUAUAUUUCAUCGUCUUCACUAUCUACCGCAACAACGCCGCCAUCUGACUCCCGACCCUUAACUCCUGGAUCUCAGCUUUCCUCAAGUGGAACCGAGGAAACGGUUCAGUUCAUGAUGGUAAACUCGCUUCUAUCAGAAUCAUAUGAAUCAUGGCUCCAACACCGUCGUAUUUUUCUCCAGCGUGGGAUUUACCAUACUUUCAUGCAACACUCUCACGGUCGGGUAGCUUCUCUCGCUGCGGAAUCAACCAGUUCAGGAGGCAAAACUCAAGACGCAGAAACCUUAACCGGCGAUGAACUGCUCUCUAUUGUCAAACCAAUGCUGGUCUACACCGGUAUGAUAGAACAGCUUCAACAGUUCUUCAAAGCAAACAAAGCAAAGAAACCGGUCCACGUCGAACCAAACAAGAAAGAAGGUACAUCAAGUGGAGUAGAGCUUGAGGCAUGGGAGACUGUAAUGAAAGAGAAGCUAUUGAAUGUGAAAGAAAUGGUAGGUUUCUCCAAGGAAUUGAUAUCGUGGCUCGCCGAAAUAAACUCUGCAACUGAUCUGCAAGAAGCUUUUGAUAUUGUCGGAGUUCUGGCUGAUGUUUUGUCCGGAGGAGUUACACAAUGCGAUCAGUUUGUCAGAUCAGCGAUUGAUGUUGGGAAUGGAAAAGGCUGAGAAAAAGUUUUGGUUUCGGGAAGGACGAAGAGCUCUAUGUGUUUUAAUUUGAUCGUGUCUCUUGUCAUUGGUAUUGUGAUUGAUUGUCAUUGUAGAAAAAUUGUCAUUGUUGUAAACACUUGUUUUGUUGUUUUAUCAAUGCAAAAACACACGUAUUGCUCUUUGUUUAACA